GGCGUCUCGCCAUAUAUGUGCCUCCGCUUGUCGCACCCCAAUCAGAAUUGUGAGCGAACACGCCAAUCCGAGGAACCAAGAAUCGAACGUUUGAGGGACAAUAGGCGCGUAAUGAGUUGUAUCACAGCACCCGGUUAAACAACGUGGACUGGUGUCGCUGUUAUAACACAUGCAACCCAAUCGAAGUGUGACGUUCGAUGAAGUGGAGGCGGCACGUACACUAUCGUGGAUUCGAUCGCUCCCCGUGCCUGAGACUACAGCCGAGCAGAUGGUGAAUGCCUGUAAGCGUAUUCCGUCGUCCAUAGAACGUGUCACCGAAGAGAUGUACGCACAGUGUCUGAGCGACGGGAUGCUUUUGGGCUUCGUGAUGGCAGCUCUCGAUCCGUCCAUGUGUGCCAAGUUAGAUGCCAUGAGAACUUGGAAGUCUUCCGAGUUGGAUUACCUUGAAACUGCACUUCAGCGGAAACGAAUCACCGUGUUCAUCCAAUACGCCAAAGCGGUUGGCGUGAGUCCUCAAGAUUUAUUCACAGUAGAUCAGUUGAAUCUACGCACAGAUCUUGGUCAAGUGGUGCGAUGUUUGAAAUCGCUGCAGCAGUUGUCGGAGAGCAAAUCAGGCUACUGGGCGUCUGUUGGACGAUAGCCGGUGUAGAACUCACUGUGAGUCAGAUAAUGUCAUGUAAGUAACUGUAAGAUUCGAUUCGAUUACAGUAUACGUAUAUGAACAUCACGCUUUGUGGCAUAAGAAACAGUGUAUACAUACAGUUUAUUGUUUCCAAAA